AUGGAGUAUGAGCAGCUGAACACAGAGGAGAAGAAAAAGCGUAAACAGCGUCGUAAUCGUACGACGUUUAACUCGAGUCAGCUGCAGGCGCUGGAGCGAGUGUUCGAGCGGACGCACUAUCCCGACGCCUUUGUGAGGGAAGACCUGGCCCGACGGGUCAACCUGACCGAGGCCCGAGUCCAGGUCUGGUUCCAGAACCGCAGGGCCAAGUUCCGCCGAAACGAGCGUGCGAUGUUGGCGAGUAAAAACGCGUCGCUGCUGAAGACGUUCUCUGGAGACGUGACGGUGGAACAGCCCAUCGUCCCCAGACCCGCCCCCAGACCCAACGAGUACCUGAGCUGGGGAGGGGCUUCAUACAGUGCGAUGGCGUCUUAUCCUCCUUCUUGUUCAAACACCACCUCGUCCCAGGGCAUGAACAUGGCCAACAGCAUCGCCAACCUGCGCCUCAAAGCCAAAGAGUACAGCCUCAACCAGGUGCCCACCGUCAACUAGGACGAGUACUGCUACUGCAAGUACUGCGCCAAGUACUGCGCCAAGUACUACUCCAAGUACUACGCCAAGUACUACAUCUACAAAUACUACAGUACCAGCCGAAGGACCAAAGCAAAGUCUAUGUUUCUCUGUGGAGCGCGACAAUGGAGUAAACCCCAGACCUACAUCCGGACUAAACCUGGACUAAACCUGGACUAAACCCGGUCUAAACCUGGUCUAAACCUGGUCUAAACCUGGUCUAAACCUGGUCUAAACCCGGUCUAAACCCGGUCUAAACCCGGUCUAAACCUGGUCUAAACCCGGUCUAAACCUGGUCUAAACCUGGUCUAAACCUGGUCUAAACCUGGACUAAACCUGGUCUAAACCUGGACUACACCUGGUCUAAACCUAGACUAAACCUGGUCUAAACCUGGUCUAAACCUGGACUACACCUGGUCUAAACCUGGUCUAAACCUGGUCUAAACCUGGUCUAAACCUGGACUACACCUGGUCUAAACCUGGUCUAAACCUGGACUAAACCUGGUCUAAACCUGGUCUAAACCUGGUCUAAACCUGGACUAAACCUGGACUAAACCUGGUCUAAACCUGGUCUAAACCUGGUCUAAACCUGGUCUAAACCUGGACUAAACCUGGUCUAAACCUGGUCUAAACCCGGUCUAAACCUGGUCUAAACCUGGACUAAACCUGGUCUAAACCUGGUCUAAACCUGGUCUAAACCUGGACUAAACCUGGUCUAAACCUGGACUAAACCUGGUCUAAACCUGGACUAAACCUGGUCUAAACCUGGACUAAACCUGGUCUAAACCUGGACUAAACUCGGUCUACGCCUGGACUAUAUUUGGACUAAACCGGGAUCGUGGGGCUGUUGGUUGGUUUAUAUUUAAAGGUGUAAUGAGCAACAUUUCCGGUGUCUCCGUGGAGAUGUAUUUGCUGAUCUGCAGUAUGGCAUUAAGUGUACUCUGUCUUUAUGGCUCAGAUCUGUGGAAAGGCGACUCCGCUCACGUUUUUAAAUAUCCACACGUGUCAAACUGAACAAAUGACCCUUGCGUUUAAUGCCACAUUGUGACACAUUCCAGCCCAAGCAAUAACAUCUCCAUGGAGACAAGCAGGUGGAGCAUCUGCCACAGGAAAAGUUACAUAAUGCACUUUUAAAAAUGAUCACGGACCACAUCAAACCACCUAAAGUCACUUCCUCCUCAAACACUGGAGUUGUGUUUGUUUCAUUCACAUGUUUGA